UAUUCACCUGCACAUGGCAGAUAGUGAACUACAGAAAACAUUUGGAGUUGACUCAAGAGAAAAAGUCCCAGAAUAUGAGGUGAUAGCUCCCUAUAAAUCGGAUGAUUCGGGGAGUUUCGUUGAUUACGUUCAUCAUGACGAAGAAAGAACACGGAGAGCCACUAGCGUGCCAAACUUCUGGUACUUCAAAAUUGAAGCGUUUGGAAGGUCACUUCAUCUUAACGUCACAAAAGUAAUGCCUAAAAUAACAGCAGGAGCAGUAGUUGAGACAGUAGAUCACAGUGGAAAGUCCACUUAUAAGGAGGUGCCACGUGGCGUUCAUUAUACAGGUCAUGUGACGUCGGAACCAGAGUCACUGGUCGCCAUUAGCGGAAAUAAAGGAUUGUCUGGGAUCAUUCAAACUCUCCAGGACACACUUUACAUUAGGCCUCUCUCACAGAAUCUUGUUGAAAAGAAUCAGCUUCAACACGGACUUCCGCACAUUAUCUACAGAAGGUCAAUCAAUCAAGAUUUAACUCCUGAUUUCCAUAUUUCAAAGAGUGAUUGGAUGCCUUUUGAAAGGACUAAACCGGGCCUUCUCCGGAGGAAAAAACGUCAAACUCCACAUAAGUUCCUAGAGAUGGCUCUGAUAGCUGACAACUUUGUGAUCUCAGCCUAUGGCGAAGAGGAAACGACUUAUCAUCUUUUAUCUAUCGCUCAUAUUCUUUCAAGACUUUUCCACGACAGCAGUAUUGGCCCAAUAAAGAUCACUCCUGUGAUUGUCCGUUUGGUACUCAAGAACGAUGGGUUUGGCUAUAAUUCAAGUGCAUCUAGAGGUAAGCGAAUCUCCGCUAUGGAGCGCUGGGCAAGAAAAAACUUCCCCGAGUCAGACGAUGAUCCUGCUCACGCUGAUGUUGUCGUUCUGAUCACGAGAAGGAGUUCUGGGGGGAUUGCUAGCGUCGGAUCAACAUGCCGUAGCUACUUUGGGGCUGCUCUCUCCAACGACAUUGGACUCGGAAGUGCCAUUGUUGUGGCUCAUGAGAUUGCUCACACGAUGAGCGUGGGGCAUGACGGAUCUGGUGCAGCAGCUUCCUGUGAGAACAAUAAAAAUAUCAUGGCAUCCACUUUACCGAGUGGACCUGGGUCCAUGAAAUGGUCUGCGUGUAGUCGUGAACGUUUCCAAGACUUUUUAAGCCAAAGAUCAGACUGUUUAGAUGACAUUCCACCAGUUUCCAACAUCACCAAAACUCCGAAAGAAUUUUACGGUAAACUGCCUGGUCAAGUUGUAGACCGAGAUGGACAGUGCAGAAUGAUUCAUAGCAAGGCUUACUACGCAUGCCCACAACGCAAGACAAACUGUGGUGAACUUGGAUGCACCAGAGAUGGCUAUAGAUGCCUUUUAUCUUCAACUUCUCCUGCAGAUGGAACAAGAUGCGGAGUUAGACAUUGGUGUAUAAAUGGUCAGUGUGUAGAUGACGGGUCACGUGUUAUCCGUGGCCGCUGGAGUAACUGGUCGGGCUUCUCCAAUUGCACCCGUCCCUGUGGAGGAGGGGUUCAACACAGAUCAAGAACUUGCACCAACCCACCACCAAAGAACGGAGGAAGGAAUUGCAUUGGGCCAACGGUGGGACAUUGGAAAGUUUGUAACCCACAGCCGUGUCCAGCUGGCUCCAAAACAUUUCGACAACUCCAGUGUGAGGCUAUCGACCCCGAAUACCACGCUUUUUAUACUGCAGAUCACUGUUCGUUGGUAUGUCAAAAGAAACUUAAUGCUUUUCCUCAACGACGAGACGUCGAAAAUGGGACGAGAUGCUUCAGUGAUCCCACAAUCCUGGACGUCUGCAUUCAGGGAAAGUGCAGACGCGUAUCCUGUGGUAAUGAAUUGGAUUCUGAGAUAAGACGAGAUCGCUGUGGUGUUUGUGGAGGAGAUAGUUCAACAUGCAAAUUUGUUCGAAAAAAGUGGGAAGAAAAAUGUCCAGGAUUUGGACCAGGAAAAGCAUGCACAAUUUUUGAGGUUCCUAUUGGUUCUACGUCAAUCUUUGUGGAGCAAGACUCAGCAGAUAAGAACCUGCUUGGUAUAAAGAAUAAAGAAGGUAAAUAUGCAAUCCCAGUGCCCACUUGGAGUCGAACAGUGUAUGCAGCUGGAACUAAGAUUCACUAUUACCACGAAAAAGAUUACGAUAUCAACACGAUUACCAUUCCAGGACCCACAACAGAGGACCUUACCGUUGUGUUUGUUUCUGCAGGUUACUCACACACAGGUGUGUGGUACGAGCUGUAUGACCCAACUAUUUCAUCUAAUAUCGGAGCUGACGAUGUUGAGUGGAAUGUGACAGACUGGGGCGAGUGUUCUUGGAAGUGCGCUAAAGGAAAACAGAGCCGAAGAGUUCUUUGUACAAGAAAAGAUGAUGGGUCGUACGUUGAGGAUAAGGUUUGCUUGAAGAAGUCUAAGAAGCCUGUAGAAGAACAGUAUUGCAAUACACAUCCAUGCGACCCUCAUUGGUACAGUUCAGAAUGGAGCUCUUGUUCCAGAACAUGCGGUAAAGGGGUCCAAAAAAGAAAAGUGCAUUGCCGCCGGAAGCUGACGCAGUGGAAAUUUGAGAUCCUCUCAGACUCUUCUUGCAGAGGCGCUAAACCUUCUGGCGGAACACAAAGGAGCUGUAACGAGAUCAUUUGUCAGGCCGAGUGGAAAACUACCGCCUGGUCUCAGUGCUCUUCAACAUGCCGAGGAGGUACAAAGAAAAGGAGCCUCGUUUGCAAGAGACGCAAUGAUCGAGGAGAACUGGUCAAAGUACCUGAGAUUCUUUGUCACCAUGCCCCUAGACCGAGCCCUACCACUAAGGACUGCAAUACAAAUGUGCCCUGUCCAACCCCACAGCCGUUGCUUAGAUACAGAGGGCUAGGCUGUUUUAACGAUGGAGACCCACCUGCUUGGCCAGAACUUGCCAAAAAUUUCCGAAAUGAAGGAAUCGACUGGUCCAACAUUGACGACACCAUUCAGAAAUGUGCAAAAUUUGUCUUCGAUAAUUUCCCUGACAACAAAAUGUUUGCCCUUGAGUUCUACGGAGAAUGUUGGACAGGUAGAGAGGCAGAGCAUUCUUAUGAUAAGUACGGAGCUUCCAGUGAAUGUUGGAACAACGUCGGAAAAGAGCACGCUUUUUAUGCAUAUGAGUUUUACUAAGGUCUAACUGCUAGGAAUCUUUCAACGUUAUCGCCUUUUGGAAUGAUGCAGCAUCUUUCUAUUUUAACCUGCGGAGCAGGCGACGUAGUAAUAUCAAGUAGAAGAUGUUCGAAGAGGAGUCACUUACUCCACGCUGUCACUACCAUUUCCGACACUCGAGAAACUGUUCUCCUGAAGCAACCAGUUUUCCGAUGGAUUUCUUUUCAAGGGAACAGUGAAUUUUCCGGGACAGCUUUUCAGAAUAUCUGGCGAGUGGGGUUUUAAGGUCGGAAAUUUAUUUCCACACCCAUGAGACGCGUUCGACCGAGAUAUUUUGAUGAAGUUGGUACUCUUAAGUCUGCCUCUGACAAAUUUCGCUAAUCAAUGCUUCAGCGCAUGCUUCGCAGGCUAACUUGUUAAUAAUCAUGUAUUUAAGGGAAUAAUGACCGUCAGAUAAUAAAAAUACUGUGACUAAAA